AUGAUUGCUUUCGCGAGGUUUUGGGUCGCUGCGACGUUGUUGGCGCAGCAUGUGUGCACGGGCCGGACUGUGUUUGGACGUAAUGCGACCGAAACAUUCGCAGAUGGGUUGCUGCGCGAGUCAAUGGAUUGGAUGGAUAUGUACUAUGACAGCGAAAGAGGAUAUCUAUACAGUCUGGAGGCCAAGGCACUGACGCAUGAGACGAGGGCCAGUGUGUGGUAUGCAGCGGGUUUACUGGCCAGAAACGAAAACGACGAUGUUGAGCAAGCGGUCAAGAUUGUGAAGAAUGUUAUCGGAGGCCAGUUCAAAAAUGAGAGCCAGCAGUGGUUUGGCAACUACCAAAUUUAUCCCGAGGAGCCUACGGUCGGCAGCGAAGCCUACCCUGCCAAGAUGUACAACUCUUGGGAUCCCAAUUGGCGCGGCUUCGUGGGCACGACUUUUGUCUUGAUGUUAGAAGAGUUUCCGCAUCUUCUUCCCAAGGAUGUGCAAGAUUACAUGGUGGAAAGUCUGUUCAACACCACCAUUGGCGAUAGCUACCGCGUUGGCGGCGUAGAUGGCGAUAACUUGUAUCCCGCAUACAGCAACCCAUCCAUUAUGCGCGCCUUUGUCUCUGGCUACGUAGGCCGCCGCGUAAACGACUCAAACAUGACUACGGCCGGUGAAGCCUACGCCAAACAAGUCAUUGAUCUGUUUACCCGCGACGACACAUUGUCUGAAUUCAAUUCUGGCACCUACGCAGGAGUGUCUCUUUGGGCACUUACGCUCUGGGCGAAAUACAUGCCACGGGAUAGUCUAAUGGGCGAAUACGGACCACAAAUGAUACGCUCCACAUGGACAAGUCUAGGCCAGCUAUACAACGCCAACCUGAAAAACGUAGCCGGGCCCUGGGACCGCGCCUACGGCUUCGACAUGAACCGUUAUCUCAGCAUCCUCGCACUACAAAUGUGGACAAUUGUCGGCAAGGAAGCGUCGCCCAUGCAUCCCAAACCUUACGCAAUGGGCCACAAAGAUGACUUCGCAAUCGGCCCCCUCAUCGCUAUCUUAGCACCAUACCACAAUACCCUCGUCCCCGACGAAACACUCUCCGCUCUCACAACCUUCCCCGGCACCCACACCGUCCACACAACCGCCUUCUCACCCCCCUUCGACACCUAUCCCCGCAACAUAACCGCCUACCUCUCCCCCAGCCUCACAAUCGGCGCAGAAUCCUUCUCCGAAAACGUCAUUGGCGGACCCGCCAAGAACCCCAAUUCCUUCAACCCGGCCGUUGUGCAGUGGAGUCGUAAAGAUGGAACUGUCGGCUGGAUGAGCUUGUACGCGCAGGUUUACGCACUGGAUGUGGUUGUUGGGGAGGGCAGUUUGGAGUUGAGUUAUCCGCAGGGGAAUGAGACGAGUGCGUUUUCCUUCCUCGUGGGGACGAAUGGGUGGGGUGGGAAGAGGGAUGUUGGUGGUUGGGCGGAUGUCGAGGGUGUGAGGGUUAAUGUUAGUGGGUCGGUGGAUUUGGAGUAUGGGGUUGGGUUUAAUGGCAUGUUUGGGGGGGAGGGAGAGGUGAUUAAUGACUUCGAGUUUUGGAACUUCACAUAUAAGAUGCUGGCAGGGAGUAAGGAGGUGCCGAGGGUGAGGUUGGAAUUUGAGGUUGUGUAA